AUGGCAGCACGACUGCUUGCUGGCGCUGGCUUCCUGUUGGAAUUUGCCAAUGCUGCCAGUUGUUUGCUGGACAAGCCCUGGCUGAUGGCAGAGCUGUUAGCAAAUAAAAUCAGCCAAGGAUUCAGAGAAGCCCCUCCUUCGGACUCAGGACCAGGGGCAGAGAACCCAAGAGUUCCUGCUGGUUCUGAUGAAGAGGAGAAGGGCACUGAAGAGAAGAGAGCUGACUGUGAAGCUCAUCCUCUGAGGAAUACACCACCAGGAUCAGCACACCUGCUGGGUCGAUCAGUUUCUCCUGAAUGGGAUGAAGAUGAAGCAGGUGGCUGUGAAGACGAGGGAUAUGGAAGAGAGGAGGAUGACAAUGAGGAAUAUGAAGAGAGAUUAGAAAGAGUUAAGGAAGUUGAGGCCAAGGAUGGUGAAAACUGGGAGGAUGAAUACGAGCCUCUUCCUGUAAUGGUCCCACCAUCUGAACAGACAGAAUCAAAAACACCACCAGGAUCAGCACACCUGCUUGAUGGAUUGGUCUCUGCUGAAGGGGAUGAAGAUGAAGCAGGUGGCUAUGAAGAUGAAGAGUAUGGCAGAGACGAGAACAGAAACGAGGACUAUGAAGAUCAGUUUGAAAGAGUUAAGGAAGUUGAGGCUGAGGAUGGUGAAAACUGGGAGGAUGACUACGAGCCUCUUCCUGUAAUGAUCCCACCACCUGAACAUGGAAAAUCAAACACACCACCAGGAUCAGGACACCUGCUGGAUGGAUCAGUUUCUGGUGAAGGGGAUGAAGGUGAAGCAGGUGGCUUCAAAGAUCUGUUUGAAAGAGUUAAGGAAGUUGAGGCUGAGGAUGGUGAAAACUGGGAGGAUGACUACGAGCCUCUUCCUGUCUCCUUAUGGGCAUCCUACACUGAGAGGUGCAGGCAGCAGCAGACAGAUGAGGCUCCCCUGGACAAACUCAGGAGCAUUGUGAGCACAGGACAUCCUGAGAAUAAAUAUGCAGAAGCUGAAAAGCUUGGCCAAGGGAGCUAUGGAGCUGUUUAUCGUGCUGUUGAAAUGGCCACAGAACGAGAGGUGGCCAUCAAGCACAUCCAUGUCAGUCAAGAGGAUGAGGAGUAUGUGGUGAAUGAAAUCCUGGUUCUGCGGGACCACAAGAACCCAAACAUUGUCAGCUACCUGGACAGCUAUCUGGUGGGUGCUGAGCUGUGGCUGGUCCUGGAAUACCUGGAUGGAGGCUCCCUGUCUGAUGUGGUUAAGGCAACACGCAUGGAUGAAGGGCAGGCAGCAGCUGUCUGCAGGGAGUGUCUGCAAGGCUUGGACUGCCUUCAUUCCAAUGGGAUCAUCCACAGGGACAUCAAAGGCUGUAACAUCCUGCUUGGAAUGGAUGGGUCUGUCAAACUGGCUGAUUUUGGUGUCUGCGCUCUGCUCACCCCUGAGCAGAACAAGAGGACCACAUAUGCUGGAACUCCCCACUGGAUGGCUCCAGAAAUACUGAAGGAAGAGCCCUACGGCCCCAAGGUGGACAUCUGGUCCCUUGGCAUCACAGCAGUGGAGAUGGCCGAAGGAGAACCUCCCUACGCCUGUGAAAAGGACAGCAGGGUGGGUGAUCUGAUUGCUGCCAACGGGACACCGGAGCUGCAGAACCCUGCUGAGUUCUCUGCUGUGCUGCUCGACUUCCUUCAGUGCUGCCUGGAGGUGGAUGUGGACAGGCGAUGGUCUGCCAAGGACCUUCUGCAGCACCCAUUUGUGACAUCAGCAGGGCCAGUCUCCAGCCUGAUCCCACUGAUCACUGCAGCAAAGAAAGCCAGGAACAGCAUCCACUAG